AUGACGUUUUGGGUUCGGCUGGCAGCAGCCGCUGCUGCCACCGCUGCUUCAACUGUAACGGCAUCUGCAUCUGUUGCAGUAACGAGGCCAGUUGCUGUUUCUGCCUUACAGCUCUCAGAGAGAUUAGCAGCUACUGCAGAAGCAGGGGCAAAUGCAGCAGCGGCGGCAGCUGCAACAGAAGAAGCUGACGCUCUGUUUCUCCAAAGCAACUGCCCUGAAUAUCCUAAUCCAGAUUCCGAAUUUGAGCAGGCUGUCCCUGUAGCUGGCCUUGAAGAGGCUUUUCGGCGUCUUCCUCCAGGUGGCUCUUACGGGGGGAUCCCCUUAGGUGGCAGCAGCCCCAAUGGAGAGACAGCAGCAGCGGUGUUGCACAAACACAUUGCAUGCGCUUUGCAGCAGCACGAGGAUUUCAAACCUGUCUUCUCUGGACAAGACACUGCAAAGAGACAGAAGAUGCGCCUUGUGCACCAGGUGUCUCCUAUGGGGCUCGAGGGCCCUUUGGGCUACGGAGACGAGUGCCUUCGGUGGCCGUUGGGUAGGGGACAGCUGUCUCCUCAUGAUGCGCUGCAGCAAUGGGACAGCUCUCUAUCAGGUGCUGAGGUGUCUCCUUUGCUGCAGGCAGCAAUAGACAGCCCUACGGAUGCUGCUGCUCUUGCUGAAGCAGCAAGACCCUUUGGAGGACUAGGCCUCGCCCUCUCGCUGCUUCUAGGGGAGACAGCUUGUUGCGCUGCUGCAGUAGGAGACACAAGGAGGAAACUACAAGGAGACACCUCACGCCUCCGGCUGCAGCCUGUCGCCCCUCAUCAGUACCAACUCCCCCAAGUGUAUGCACGACAGCAACAAGUGCAGCAACAGCAACAGCAACAGCAGCAGCAGCAACAGCAGCAAGGGCGGCAGGGAGCGGUCCCUACCAACUCUUCUGCUGCUGAGAAGCUGGCGCGCUUCGAUGCGAUUAUGUCUGGAAAGACACCGCCUGCUUUGGUGCAGCAGCAAUCAGCAGCAACAGCAGCAGCAGCGGUUGGUGUGUCCUCACAGUGGGGAGCAGCAGCAGCAGCAGGCGCACCUGUCUCCGUUGGUACCCAAGUGCUGCUGCUGCCAAGUUGGGGUACAAAGGAGACAGGAGGAGACACUUUGAUGUCUCCUCUUUCUGCUGCAGCAUUUGAAGGCUGGUUUCUCUCGUUGCUAGCUUUCUUGCUGCCCCCGCCUCCCCUGCCUGCUGCUGCUGCAGCAGGGGAUACGGAUACAGCAGCACAGGAGCAACAAGAAAAUAUUGUGCUGCCUGCUGUCCCCACGCCAGAGACAAAGUUGCCUUUACCAGGAGCAGGGGACUGCAGCGCUGUGUCUCUUCAGGUAGAAGCUGAGGAUACACCUGAAGACCCUGCUGCGGCGGCAGCUGCAGCAGCAGCAGCAGAAUUUAGGCUCUUCUGUCUCUCCCUUGUAAGGGGAUGCCCAGCAAUCAGCGGCUGGGGCGCUGCAGCAGCAGCAGCAAAAGGAGACCCUGCAGAGGACACAGAAGAAGCAAGGAGACAGUUAGCAGCUGACACUUCUGAAUGCAGCUUCCGUUGCUUCCCUAUUGACGAACUACAAAGGCAAUCUGCUGCUCUUGCUGCUGCUCCUGCUGCUGCUCCUGUUGCUCCUGCUCCUGCUGCUCCUGUUGCUCCUGUUGCUGCAGCUCGUGCUGCUGCUCCUCCUCCUACUACUCCUGCUUCUGCUGCUGCUGCUGGUUUCGGAUUGCUUAAAGAACGAAACAGCUACAUCAGCAAAGAAGGAAUAGUUUGCGGAUUUGUUUGUCCCUAA